AUGGUUCGUAAGACUAUUGUUGUUGUAUCUUUUGUGUUUUUUAUUUAUACAAUUGAAAGUGUUGCUGGAAGAAAACUUUUGGGAGAGGAAAAGACAACCCUUGGAUAUGGUGAGGGGGUAAGAAAGAUUAGAGGAAGUGUUGGGUGUGAAGUUGGAGAAGGAAGUUGUGGUGAGAUUAGAGGGAAAAAUCUUUUGGAUGGUGGUAUUGCAGGAAACCGAGGGUUAGAUGAUGUGAAUAGAGGGCAAGGAGACUUCAAUUUUGAUAUAAUUUUUGGACCUCGAACAAUAAAUGAAACCAAAACUUCAGACCCGGCUCCAGUUGGAAACUCAGAUGAUAACGGAGCAAUGAACAUCGGGGGAUCUGCAAAUGGAAAUGGAAUGGCAUCUGCAGGUGGAGUUAAUGCUAAAGGAUCUGGAAACUCAGCUGGAACUGGAGCUGGGGCAGGAGCCGGAUCCGGAGGUCGAGCUGGAGCUGGAGCUGGAGCAGGAGCAGGGGCUGGAGCUGGAGCAGGAGGAAGGGAUCGAGCCGGAGCGGGAGCCGGAGCGGGAGCCGGAGCCGGAGCCGGAGCCGGAGCUAGAGAUGAAGCCGGAACAGGAGCCGGAGCCGGAGGUGUAAUUCCUCCCUACACUGCAGCUUCUCCUGGAGCUGCACCUCCUACAUCUGGAUAUAUGGCUACUGCUGAAUAUACAUCCAUUUUUGGAUUUUUCAAUCGUGGUGGAUGGUAA